CAGACUUCAUUUUCUCUUUUCUUUCUUUUCCCUUCACCACGGCCUCCCCACCAUCCUCGGUGACGUGCCUGCUCCCCCGAUUGUUGCUCAAUUCAACAGAAUCUGCUCUGCGCAGUAUUCUGAACCCCCCCCUUAAUUACCCACCAUGGUUUCCAUCACAGAAUCUUCCCCCCUCCUCCCCCAACAUCAGCCGCCUUCCUCCACCAAUACGUCACCGCGAGGAAACCGAGCCUCUCGGACGGUGACAUUCAACCCAUUGGCCACUGUCAGCACAUAUCACGACACUGCCGCCGCAGACCCGACCUUCAGACCGCUUCAUUCUGGUUCUUACCCUGCGUCCAAUUCUCAGAGCGCUGGCCCACCCCGACCGACCGGCUUGUCCGCCUUAAAUAGCAAGCUCCGCCGCCGCAAUAGCCAUGGAGCACCCUACAGCACCGCCGGUGCCCCGUUCGCGACAGCCCCCAAGGUCGGACCGCAGCGAACGACGAAGAACGCACAGAAGCUUAAAUUGCUGCCCGAUCCCGUGACCGAAGAAGAACUUGCCGACGGCGACUUUCCGUCCGAUGUCUACUCGCAGAUCGCCCGCAUCAAAGAACCGACCGCCCGCAGUCACGCUGCAAGUCUGGGAAAGGCGGAUCGAGAGCGAUUGCCCCGCGUUACAGCCUACUGUACGGCCAAUUCGUAUCGUCUGGAGGGGGUGGUGCGGUUUCUCAAGUCCCGCGCAAAGACCCGCGGAGCCAACCCGAAGCUCUACGAUGAGUGCGUAUACUCGCCGUAUGACUACGACUACGAAGCAAAGCAGCGAGGCACAUGGAAUCUUUCGAGCAACGGGCUACAUUCACCGCAAUCCCAACCGCCAAUACGUCCUGCUGGAGAACGCCGGUACUCGGACAGUGUUGUGGAAGUGCAAGACAACACCAACACCCGACGGGAAGAUCUCAUCGACCUGAGGGAUUCGGAGUCGCACCAUCAACAAGAUGACCACGAAAGCGCCGUGGUCGAUUCCACCGCAUCGGCAUCCCAAUUAGAAGCUGCUCCUGAUUUUGACACCAAGGUCCACACCCCGGAGGUGUUCCUCUUCGACUACGGCACCGUGGUGAUUUGGGGCAUGUCCCCCGCGCACGAGUCACGAUUUUUAUCCGAUAUCUCCAAAUUCGCUACUUCCAUUCUCAGUCCCGAAGACACGCAGGUCGAGAACUUCAACUUCUAUUAUGCGCGCGAAUACCAAGCCCGGAUCUACAACGAUUUCAUCUCCCUCCGUGACCCGCGGAAUUACAUGAUCAAGCUCGCCAUCUCCCAUGCUCUCGCCCAGUCCGUCAAGACGUCCCUGUUCGAAGAUCUCGUCUCCGAGACCAUCUCCAACACCGCGCCACUCCCAGCCCAGAUCGCCCAGACCGGCAGCGUGAAUCUCACCCGGCGCCAGAUCAACAUGCAGGUCGGAGAGCUCUUCAUCCUGCGAAUCAACAUCCACCUUCAAGGCUCCGUCCUCGACAGUCCGGAACUGAUGUGGGCAGAGCCCCAACUGGAGCCUGUGUACCAGGCCGUGCGGAGUUACCUCGAGAUGGACCAGCGAGUGAGUCUCUUGACGGAGCGGUUAGACGUCAUUGCGGAUCUGCUUGCCGUCCUGAAGGAUCAAUUAACUCACCGCCAUGGUGAGUACCUCGAAUGGAUCGUUAUCGUUCUCAUCGCCGCCGAAAUCCUUGUCGCGGCCAUUAAUAUUCUAGUCGACCUCUACGCCGGCGUGGAAUAAAGCGUGUCUUUCUUUUUUUUUUUCUCGGAUUUUCCUCCGGCGUCAGGAACAGGGAUUUCUUUUUUUCGUCGGGGAGAUUUAUAUUCCUCAAUGUUUCGAUAACCAAGAGAAAUACUCUUCUUGCUUCGCUCUCAUCUCAUUGAAAUCCCAAGGGACUUCAUGAUCUGCAUUUCUACCCGUUCCAGGCGGAGUUUAUUUUUUUUUGUUUUGCUUCAGGCGCUACAGGG